AUGUGUACCUCGACCCAUGCGAAGAAGGCGCAGAAUGUCUGGAACGGCUGGCUCGAUGAACGUGAUCUUGCUCCUGGCGAGGUCAUUUCCAACUGGCUGAAGCGGCAGACACAGCGCGGCCUGACCCUGGCCACAGAGUACGCAAAGGCCGGAUACGAAAAGGCAGUGGAGCGAGCAGACGUGGCUUUUGCCGGCCGCAGCCUGCUGGACAGUGGAACACCGGCGCAGGAGGCCAUUGCCCUGAAACAGCAAUGCGACCGUGCGGUGGCUGCAGACACGGCACUGCAACAGACGCUUGCAGACCUGUCGGCGCAAUUCCGGGAAGAGGCCAGAUUCUCGAGAAGCCCGGAGAAUGGACAGGCAAUUGGUGCUUGGGCAGUGCGCUACGGCGAGGCUGCCCAGAUGCUUGGGAAGCCUCCCGCGGAGCCGCAGCGAUCUCCGGUGGAGCAAGAUGCCAUGACACUCCAGCAGCUGAGGCAGGCAAAGACCGAAGUGGCGAACAAACUUUUGGGCGCUCCGGCGAAACUGCCGGAGCACACCCUCCACGUCUCCCCGCCGGCCAGCUCCAGAAGCGAAGCUGCGUCAGCUGCAGCGCGAGAGCGCGUGCAAACUCUGCUGCAGCAGCUGUUCGAGCUCCACGACCUCAAAGCCAAUGGCGUUCUAGAGGAGGACGAGCUCAUCAAGAUGAACGAGAAGGUGUCCUUGCUCCACUAUGGCAAGGCAGAGACCAACAAGGAAGCCAUCCGGGAGAAGUACAGAGGAGUCUUCAGAGAGCACCUGGAUCCACACGGGCAGCCCGUGCCGUUCAGUGUCUUUCGCGAAUACAUGCAGGGGGUGCUGAAUGACAUCGACACAGACCCAGAAGGCCAGGUGAUGAUGGUGGAGCAAUUCAUUGCCGAGGCUGAGAGCGCCCGGCAAGCCUUCCGGUAUCCCUCCCUCAUCAGCGAGUCGGACCAGUUCUUUUUCCCGGCAGCUCCAGCCAAAGCCCAAGCUGCCUGGAUGCAUUGA